AUGGGUCUUCUUUCACUUGGAUCUCCUUUAUCGUGGUCCGAAACCAAGCAGUACGCCAAUCAUGUUCGAAAGCACGGUAUUUUGCAGUUUCUUCACAUCUAUAAUAGGCUAAAAGACCGGGAAAAUGACUGCUUGAAAUGGGGUGACGAGGUACUGUAAAACGUUUCUGCCUCUUUUGUGUGUAAUUUAUUCAGAAUGCUUUAUAUGAGCGGCUUUUAGCAGCUUGUUUAUUUAGUUCUGGUUCCGUGAAUACUUGUUCAAGAAAAAAAAAAAUCACAUGGUUUAUCCUUACUUGUCAAAGACUGCAUGCUAAACUACUUUGAGAAAUACAGGGUGAGUUUUAUUUUUUUCUUUUUCGACAUGGACUUUAACACUUUCGCUGCAGGUCGUUAAGUACAUGUUUUCGUGCAGCUUAUUUGGUCUGUCAGUUAUGUUUUUUUUAGCCAAAGAAUUGGUUGCAUAUUGACGGAAAGUAAAUUAAUGUGUAAACCGUAAAAUACGUAGACAAAAAUGCUUAAGAACUGCGUAAAGAGCUUAAAUAUUGCCAUUAAGCUCCAACAUGCGACCUCCGUUUAUUUUCAUUAAUAUGGCAGUCUCCGUAUGUCAACCGUAUUCAUCGUGUUUGACAAUUUUAGAAAGUUUAAUGCAUUAAGCAUUCGAUAUUGCGUGUAUUUUCUACUUAUUUGUCAACGAAAGGAUGCGUGCACUUCAAAAUCUUCUAGGAUCGAUGUUUUUUUUGUUUUGUUUGAAUUUCCCAUGAAAAUUUGCCAAGUCAUUUUCCUAAUAUAGUCAUACAAUUUGCUGAGUAAGUACCGUUUUAAUAACAAUAGGUCAUAAUUCUUAGGAAAGGAUAGGAAUCUUGUGUGGAAUUUGACAUGGAAUUUGACAAUUAAUUUGAAUUUGUCACUUGGCCAUUGGCAAUACUGCUCAAGUUAUCUAACUACAGGAUAGAUCCAGUGUUUAUCCAUGUUGUCUCAAAAGAAAAAAUUAUGCUUAAUCAUGGUACACAAUAAUGUGCUACACUAUCACUUUAAUAAUCUCUUGAACAGCUGCUCUCGGUUGAUUUAAUCUCUAUAUAUGUAAAUACUACUGUACUUCAUUAAUUGGUUACACCUUAAAUUAGUAAGAGCUAAAAUAUUUGCAAUAAAUUUGUGCAACCUACAUUGAUUAAUUUGCUGGCAGUGCCCCAGUACAUUAAGAAGUGAAUCCUGUGUUCUGAUCGGCUUCUCCAGGCAGGCAGGCUAAGAUGGGCUUAUCUUACUCUCUCUGGACUGUGCACUUUGAUCCCCCAAAAAAAAAAAAAAUUGCAUGUAGGGGUCUGUCCAAGUUCCUAAUUUUUGGACAAUGCUGGCAAUGGAGUUGCAGAAAGCAGCAGAAUACAGUCAUAACAUAGAAAACAUAAUCAGUUAUCAUGUUUUUAUUGUACUCCAACAGUUGGCUUUCUUUCCAACUCUCAAAAUAAACAAGUCAUUCUUGAAGUCUAUUUGCUAUGUAGUAAAUCCCGUACUGACCAAGCUUGUUCAGUCAAGAUGGCUGGAUAUUCAUUUUUAUAGACCUCUAAUUCAUCUCAGUUCACAAAAUUUCAGAAAAUAUUCUGCAAAACCUAUAACCUUCCAGCCAUCUUGACAUCCUGUGUGGUUAACAAGGCAUAUCUAUGUAUUAGUGGCAAAAGCAGUUGACAUUACCUCCUCUUUCUUCAUUUACAUGUACGUGGUGAUAACCCCACACUUAACAUAACAAACCAAAAUCUUGUAAUUCAUCUCUCAUCCAUAGGUUAAUUAAACGUCCUCCCCCCCCCAAUGUUACAAGAAAUUAAUGACCAUUUUGUAACUCUGGGCAAAAUUGUAAUGGGAGAGAGAGGGAGAGAAAGUUUUAGAAAAAAUUCAAAAAGUAUAGUAGCAGAUCAUAAUAGUUUGAACCAUAGAAUUGUUUGAGUGACUCUGUCAGACAUUGAUUUACAUAUUAAAGUACUAAAUUUGCUCAUAAUUUAACCUUUUUGUCUAAAGGUGGAAUACACAUUGAUAAAACUUGACCACGAGAACAAGAAAGUUUACACAGACUUGAGGGCCAAAGAAAUGCUAGAUGUGCUAACACUGGAGGAAUUAAGAAAUCCAAAGUAAGAGACAGUAACAUAAGUAUGUUUGAUGAUUUUAGGUAUAUGAAAGUUCAUAUAUUUGCACUGCAGUGGAGAGAUGAAAUUAAGAGAUCCUCGCAGCUAAGAACACUACUGAAACGAGUAGUUGUAAAUAGGACCUGAAAAAAUUCAGGCCUGUACGGGAUAUGAACCCAUGACCUCCGCGAUAUCGGUGCACAGUUUUCAGGUCCUAUUUACAACUACUCGUUUCAGUAGUGUUCUUAGCUGCGAGGAUCUCUUAAUUUCAUAAGUAUGUUUGUUCUCCUUCUGUUCUCUUUACAUUACCUAUUGUUAUGACAAGGAGAGUCUUUUUAACUGAACCAUGAGCUUCUUAAAUUCGCAAAUCAUUUCCUUUAUCCUCUUGACGUUGAUUAGAUUCAAGGGUGUUAACUAAAGGAACUUCAAGAAGACAUACAUGAGUAGUCACUCAGUGGUUAACUCUUUCCCCCGGCCCUUAACAUCAGUAUCCAUAUUCUCCAUAAUAUUCACCAUACAUUUCACAAGAUGCUGACAAAGAGAAUUUGUUUAAUAAUCAAGAGCUGCUCUAGUUGGUGAUCAUUUCUUCUAUUCUCAUGACCUUAAUGUUUGAUUCAAGAAUGAUAUUGUAAGGAGAAAUUAGAUGCUAGUCACUCUAAGGAGUUAAAGGGGUAAGGGUUAAAGUGGCUAACUAUGUUUGAAAUGAGCAGAUUCAACCUUGAUAAACUCAGAUACAAUGUACAUGUAUUGCAGACUUUUAUCCAAAAAUGAAAAAAAGACUUAGGAGAUUAGAAAAAUACUAUUAAUAGAUUCCGUAUCACCCCAAAUUCGGUUAAAGGGUUUAAUUUGUAUAAAAAUUUGAAUGGUACAAAUUCAUUCCUAGUGACUGUGACAUUCUUUGAACCAGUCUCAAGAACUUGAUUAGUGCAGGGAGGGAGGAGGGUAGGGUGAAGUGGGAGACUAAAAAGGAUCCCAGAGACGAGGUUGCAGUUUGUGCACUUCAUUGUACAUGUAAGGUUUUUUGAGGAUUGGUGUUCUGAUGCUGACCAUUAGCUUCCCCUCAUCUUGCAGAACAAUUGGUAGUGUAACCUUCUGAAACUCACAAAGGCAGAACACUGUGCAUAUAAUCUGAAAAAAUUAUUCACACGUAUAAAGAUUAUAUGCAUGUACAUAUGAACACCCUUAUGAAGUAAAAUUUAUGGGAUAGAAAUUUAAUUUAAGAUGUACAGAAUAAAAUUGUAACUGUGAUAAUGUUGGAGAGAUACAUCAGGGUAAAAGUACCUGGGAUUUGAUUUGUAAUUGAUUAUAAUUAAUGAGGUGAUUAUAGAUAAAUUAUGUGCUUAACAUAGAUAUAUACCUGGUGAUUUUAUAUGUGUAUUGGACAAACAUAUCAUGUCUUAAAGGGAGAUUAGUUUGUAGUCCCAUUUACUGUAAAUUUUGGUUUGCCUUGGCAGUUAAAAUUUUUUUCCAUGGGUACAGUUCCAUUAUCAAUUUUUGGUCAGUUCAAGUGUAGUAAUUGAUUUGUUAUAAAUCAGUAGUUAUGGUUAAAAAAAAAGACACAGAUAAAAAGAAAUAAACAGGUAUACAUGUAUAAGAAAGAAAUCAGUUUGAAUAAAAGUACUGUACCAAACAAUUGCUGCAUUUUGUUUAGUAACAAUAUGUGAUUGAAAUUGCAGCACUAACAAGACUGCAUGGAGACCUGAGUAUGCAGGCUACAUGGUUGAAGGUAAUAAAAGGAUUUCUCUGUCUCCUGAGCUUUUGAUUUACAUUUGAUUUUCAUCUGAACCAAAGAUCUCUUCUUUUGCAUUACAUGUGGAUUGAGAACUCAAUGACUUGAUUCAUUAAUUAAUUGUAAAUUCCAGGGACACCGGGCCAACCUCUGGGUGGAUGUAUGAGACACUUCAACAUGAUUGAGGCAAACAUGAGGCUUAGGUAAAGUCACAGUUAAUCCAAUUGAUUAGUGGUUUUAAAACAAAUUUAGUGGUGGUUUGUUGAUUUGUAUCUGUAUUGCAGUUUUCCUGCUUGUCAAACCUUUCUUUCCUCAGUGCAAAGUACACUGUACAAUUUCUUUAUGCAAUUAAGCACAAUUGUUUUUGUUUGUUUGUUUUUUUGUGUUUUUUUUUUAACAACAGACGUGAAGAAGUCUUGAAGAAUCUUUCAGAACCUGGAGAAACUGUUUUGUCAAUUUGUGGAUUUCCCAGGUAACUGGAUUGUAGUAAUGGAGGUUGUAUUUACAAUGAAUCCAUCAAUAAAUUGCUUGGUGAUAUAGCUUGUUUUUACAUAUUAUUUGGUGAAGUAUGAUAUGGACAUGAGUGUUUAGAUGAGGUUACACCCUAUGUGAAGACAGAAAGAGACUUCUAUUCACAACAAAUUUGUCUAAAAUGCACGUGUAUGUACGUUUUUAUUUAACCAAACCUACCAGGCAAGAGGGUUGGUAAAGUGUAUUUUUUUAACUUGAGGGUUUGUUUAAGUUUUAACUGAUGCUAAUGAAACAAUGAUUUCUCUUUUUAAGACUUGGAUGCCCAAACUUUACAUACCCAAGCUUUGACCCAACUCCUGUUGGAGGAACUUCCUGUUCAAUGUUUUUUCCUGAUCAGGCAAUAUACCAAGGGCAUCCAAGAUUCAGGUAAAUAUUACAAAGAAAUACAGUCAUGUAACUAUGUAUUGACUUCUAAACUCGGAUACUGUUGCAUUCUUUUUCGGAUUAAAAACUAAAAACUGUUUUAUUUUUCCUUCAGCACCCUUACACGAAACAUUCGGGAAAGGAGGGGCUCUAAAGUUGCCAUCAACAUUCCAAGUAGGUUUAUUGUUUUUAAAAAAAAAGAAAAGAAAAGGAAAGUAAAACAAAGGUAAUUCUGAGCCGGGAAAUGGGUUAUAUUUACUCAAAAUUGCUGGUUAAUAUUCAUUUUAAAAAAAUCCUCAAAAACAAAUGUCUUAACACAGUCCUCAAGACUUGACAUCCAAUCCUUGAUUCUUGGAAUUAUUUGGUAAAGAAUUAUUUGGUGAGGAGGGCAGGGUUUCAAAGCUGAAUUGUACUGUACAGUUAGAAUGGCCAAUCUACUUAUAUGUAGUUUUCCUCUGUAAUUUAAACUCACUUGCAAGGGUCUUUUCUUAACUCAUACUUGUGCAAGUACUUGCAUUUACUUUGAGUAACUGUUGAAACUUGUGGCUUUUUUUUUUUUACAGUUUUUAAGGAUGUAAACACUCCAUCACCUUUCAUCGAGAAGUUUCCUGUAGUAGAAGGGGAAGGAGCAAAGGCUGCUUUGCCAGAUCACAUCUAUUUAGAUAGCAUGGGCUUUGGUAUGGGCAUGUCCUGCCUUCAGGUAACUUUCAUGAACUGUGCUGUCUGUCUGAUGGUGUCUAUUUCUCAAAAUGAGGUACAUUACAGAAGGAAGUUGAUAAUACCAAAUCACCCUGUUGUACUCUCCCACCGACGCAGCACCACGGUUUCUUUAGAAGCUUACAUAUACCUUUAACUUUACCUGACUGUCAUGACAAAGGGCUAACGCUUGAAUCUUUGGAAACUCUACGGUGGCCAAUAUACUUUUAUUAACUCAGUUGAUGAAACCAAAUUAUCUUGUUCUACUCCCCCACUGACGUAGCACCACAGUCUCUAUGGCAACUUACUCCCUUUGUACAUAUAUUACGUAACUAUAUUGUGUUACUUGCCGCCCUAAAAAUCAAACACAUCGAAUUCAGAAAAAAUAUUACAUGUUUGAAGUGCUCUUCAGACAACAGGAGACAAUUAUACGGUUUUCAUCCAGAUCGGUUGACGGUUCUUCCGCUGGGAAGCUCUUUCUUUAAAACCCUAUUUGUUAUGAUUGCUUUAACUCUUCGGUUACUCCGUUUCAAACGUUUAUGACGAUAAUAUGGAUCAUUUUAGAUGACAUUUCAAGCCUGCAGCAUUCAAGAAGCGAGGUUUCUGUAUGAUCAGCUGGCAGUUGUUACUCCUAUUGUGGUAAGUGCAAAGGAAAAAAGCCCUAGUGAAAAAUGCUUUUUAUAUUUCGUCUUCUAAUGUCUUGGUUAUGCCAACAAUUUUGCUUGUGUAUUUUAAUUCAUAAUUUUUCAUUGGAUUUCAUCAGCUGCACUUCCUGCUCAGUAGAUAUGGCUGUUGGCUUUUAUAAUCUUUUAUUUGUGUUUUGAUGUACGUGUACUUCCCUUUUGUUCUUGAAGAUGGCUCUCUCUGCCGGAACUCCGAUCCUGCGCGGGUACUUGUCAGAUCUGGAUUGCCGCUGGAGCGUGAUUUCAGGCUCAGUUGAUGACCGCACUCCCGAAGAGAAAGGUCUGGAGGUGAGUUCGUAGGAAACAUAAAGUUGUGUUUCAUUUUGGCUUUGCUUUGUUUUCCUAAUCAUUGUAUUAUUGUGCGUCAUAGAUAAAUUUUCAAUUUAGUGUCUAAAAGUAAUCGGAGAUUUGUUUACUUUGCUCUUUGAUUAGACCAGAAAACUCGCGCAACUUUCUCGACCAAUAAGAUGCCAAACUUAAACUAAUCACGACUUGGUCGCCCGCGUUUUCCCGCGCUCAGGCAAUUUUCUUGUUUUUUACUGUGAGUUCUCAUUGGCUCUUAAAGGAAUUUUCCUCUCUUUUGAUUGGUUAUUGUGAUUACUUUGGUUUAGGUUUUACGACACUCAAUCGAUAAGCGCUCAAAUACAAAGUUUGAAUCGUAACUUAGAAUAAACUCUGUUCUUUUCUUUUCGUUUUGUUUCUUGUAGCCUUUGAAAGAAAACCGAUUCGUGAUCCCCAAGUCACGGUACGACUCUAUAAGCACAUACCUUUCUCAAGACGGAGAAAAGUAUAGUGAUAUCGACCUGGUGUACGAUAAGGAGAUUUAUCGGCAGCUUAUAGAUGCUGGUUAGUAUACAUGUACCUGUUAUUUGUUCAUAAGAUACGUAGAUGUGGUGUAUAAACUUUUAUUGAGAAACUAAUCAAGGAAGUUCGUGCGACAUUCAGUAGAUCAGAUGCUCUACCACUGAGUAGACUUGUGUAGGAGACUUGCAGUAGGCUAGGCCGUUUUACAGGUCUAUGGUAACAAACUCUCUGCGCACUAUCAGUAUAGGAAAGUUGAUUGUAAUGCUUCUGCGCAAUGAUGGCCAAGGUUAUAUGUUAGAAAGUCUAUCUUGUGUUAUUUUACUUAAAUUAGUUCUUGCCAUUGUUUUGUUUUCCAAUUUCAGGCAUCGAUGAUCAGUUAGCUCGCCAUUACGCACACUUGUUCAUUCGUGAUCCCUUGACCUUGUUCCAAGAGCACAUUCACCAAGAUGAUGAACAGAACACAGAUCAUUUUGAGGUACACAAGGUUCCUUUUCAAACCUGUUUGUCCUCGUUUAAAGUCAAAUAUUUUUUAGGAAGGCCACGAAAAAAAAUAAAAGAAGUAAACAUCUGUGUUGCAGUGUUUGUCGAGAACUCCAUGACCGUACACAAUGUUUACGUGUAGUUUUUGUGUUCACAUAAUGUUUUAAUUGGUAAAUCAGUUCAAGAUGAUCGUAAUUCUAUAACUUUUUUACACGUUGAGGUCCAGUGCUCCAAAAAAAUAUGUAACAAAGAAAUGUGUUGGGCUCAGUAAAUCAACGGGAUACAGAUGUACCUGAGUUUUUGCCCCAUGAGAUACCAAUACACCUUAAAAUCGUAAAUACUUUUAUACAAAGUACCUAAACUUGCUUCGAGAUUUUGGUUUCUUUGUGGAAACAGAACACCAGAAUUUAUGAAAACGAGAUUGUUUUAACACGUAUAGUGAUGCAAAAAUGACGAAGACACGAGUUAAAAGAACCACGAUAGCAGAAUACUUAAAACCAUAGGCAAGCUGAUGUAGUUUAGUACAGUGCACCGGAUUUUUGCAUCCAAAGUAACACUGCUUAUACUGUAGAAUUCUUGUUUUCUAUCUCCUCAGAAUAUCCAGUCUACAAACUGGCAGACUAUGCGUUUCAAGCCACCUCCUCCCAACUCCUCCAUCGGAUGGAGAGUGGAGUUUAGGCCAACUGAGGUAGGAUUCAAUAUUGAAACACCAGAUCGACAACAGUACCUGAGCAAUUGUGAACCUACUACUCCCCUAACCCAACAUUAAACCUGACUUGAUAUCAGUUCACUGUUUUGGGGUUAGGGGAGGGAGGGGUGGGUGCGCAGUUGUUUAGAUAAUUGAUCCGAAACACUCAGGGCGUCUUUUAUCAUAACUAGCUCAUCAGAAAGAGCAGGAAAAGUUUCACUGUUUUUAGGUUAGGGGAGGGAGGGGCAGGAGCGCAGUUGCUCGGAAACUGAAAUUGAUCCGAACGCCUGGGCGUUUUUUUAUCAUAACUAGCUGAUCAGAAAGAGCAGGAAAUGUUUCAAAGUAAUCACGACACGUGACUAUCAUUACGCGACAGAUGACUUGGUCUUAGCUGAUACAUGUAUUUGCUCCUCCAUCAUUAUAUUUCACAGUAGACUAACAGUGUUGCUCUCUGUAGUAGUUUUGAAUGAUGUAUUUCUUCCAGGGGUGAUAUUGUAAGGAGAGAUUAAAUGCUAGUCGCUCGGGAUCAAUAUCAGUACCUGGGCAACUGCUCACCUACCCCUCCCCUAACCCAACAUUAACCCUAAGUUGUUGUCAAUAGACUGGUGUUGAGUUAGGGGAGGGGUAGGUGGGCAGUUGCCCAGAUACUGAUAUUGAUCCGUCGCUCGUGGGUUAAAGAGUUAAUAAGCAACUUGAACAUGUAUCUUUGGUGUUUCGAACAUAUUUAUAAAAUAAAAAAAGGUAGCCCAACGUUUACUGGAUGUAAUUCAGUCACCGAUAUUUCUGAUUAUGAAUGUCUUUGUUUUUUUCUUUGAUUCUUCAACCGUUCAGGUUCAACUGACAGAUUUCGAGAAUGCCGCCUAUGUGACGUUUGUUGUGCUUCUUACACGAGUUAUUUUGUCGUUCGACCUCAAUCUUCUGAUUCCUCUAUCCAAGGUAACACUGAAAGGAAUUCUGUUCGUGAGACAACUAGUGAGGGAGGGAUCUUGCCCGUUCGUAGGUUUAGACAACGCGUCCGAGAAUUUAGAGGCCAUAACCAAUUGGUUAUCAAUGCAAUAUUAGAAUAAAAAAUCGUAUUACUUAGGGCCAAGCUCGAGCUGAAGUCCAAGAAACUUCUUAGCCGAGAAAUUCUAGCCCCUAAUCCGCGGUUUCUCCCGCAACAACAUGCAUUUUUGUGAUGCCCUCCUUCCAGCUUCAUCAUUUUUAUGAAGAUCUUCUGUCAGUUCACCUGUGCCUGAGUAGAAAGAGGCCUGGUGAGAGGGACGAACUCUGUUUCUCAAUGGUUGAUCAUCCAAUUACAAAAUCGUCAUUCACUGAGGUUCGAAUCCUCACGGAUUCAGCGUUUUUUGUCUCACUCAUGAGCCAAAUGAAACUCUUUUCUGUGCCAUAUUGAGUGUUACUAAAACCAACAAAACAACACACAUUCUUACAGCGACAUAUUAACGUACUUUAAUUUAUUCCAUUCCUAGGUGGAUGAGAACAUGGUCACUGCCCAGAAGAGAGAUGCAGUCCGCCAAGGCCAGUUUUACUUCAGGAAGACGUUGAAGAAAUGUAAGAUAAACAAAAAGAACUAUGACAGUAAACAACAACUGCAUCAACAAGUUGAACCCUUAGCUUCCUCGUGCCACCUUCAUCAGGCAACGUAAUCCCAGAAGGUUACUCAAUUCCCACUCCUUCUUUGGUGGACGCGGUAGACUAAGGGGUAGUGCCGUGGGCUUAGGGUCGACAUUUGCGAACUUGCGGGUUGAACAAGAACUUGUAUCAUUGGCAAGAUACAUAAACCUGACUCUCUUAGUGCCUUUCCCCACCCAGCUAUAAAAAUGGUUCCCAAGAAGUGUCAGGCAAACUUGACUGAAUGCAGGAAUACUCAUACGUGUUGCUUGCGAUUGACUAUUGUGUCAUUCAGGAAGGGGUGCAAUACGUUUAGUCGCUUUAUACUUUAGAAACUUGGAUAAGCUCCAGUAGCCAUGCAAGUCGGUCUUUUGUUGCAUCUUUUGUUCCCCUCCCUCGACCGUCUGCGUUAUUCUUUCCUUUGCCUGGUGACAGUAGGCGUACCUUCGUGACCUUUGGAGGCCUUGUAAUCUUAAUAAACUUCUAAGCACAGAGGUAAGAAGAUUUGGGAAAUCCUUCACAGGACCUUGUCGAAAUAUAUCGAAUUCUCAGAAAUAGUCAAUGGAGAACGGUAUGUUCAUCAGCCAAGACAAAAAUAUUCUAGAUCUUGGGUGAAAAAUGGCCGUUGAUAAUUUAACACCUGUGUUAUAACUUUUCUCUCUCUUUUCCAAGGUCCUACCGCGGCCAAUGGAAGCGCUCAGAAUCCAGAGUUGGAAGAAUGUAAAGACGAGUAUGAACUGAUGACAAUAGACAAGAUAAUUAAUGGAAAGGUGAGCCAUGGUGAAAACGAAAACUGCUCUCUUUGACCCUUUACUUUAGUGUUAUUGUUGUUUCACAUAUGUAUUUAAAUCCAAUCAUGUUGUUGUGCAGGAAGGUGAAUUCCCUGGUCUGAUACCCCUGAUGGAGAGUUACCUCAGCAACGUGGAUGUUGACAUUGACACGCGAUGCACCAUCUCGCAGUAUUUGAAGCUCAUCUCUAGGAGGGCGUCUGGUGAGUGACUGACACAAAUUACCUAGAUAGUAGCCACCAUAACCGUUAGGGCCCAGUUGUAUGAAGAGGGGUUACAAUAUCUAUCGGAUAAAUCGCUCUCUAGCCGAUCAAGUCAUAGCAGACGUACUGCACUAUCCACCAGAUAGGGAUUUCUUCAAUGGGGCCUGACUGUUACUGAAAUCAAGACUGCGUCUUCGGCCCUUGAAUUGCUUACGAACCCUUUGUGAAUGUAGACUCCACUUUUUUGAUUUUAAAUGAUUUUAAUCUUUACAAGAUGUUGAUUAACUACAUCGCCUUUGGUGGGCUUGAAAUUCUACCAAUAAAAAUCUGACACAAAUCCUUUUCUCGCUGCGGCAGGUGAGCUGUUGACCACAGCACAAUGGAUGCGUAGGUUUGUUGAAGUGCACCCUGACUACAAGAAGGACUCUGUUGUCAGUGAAACAAUUUGUUACGAUCUUAUGAACACUUUUGACCGCAUAAGUAAAGGCGAAGUUGGAGCCCCUGAACUCUUUGGGAAACCUACUUCGAAAACAAGUGAUGUACUGCUGAAGAAAUGUUUGGAAAUCAAAGAGGAGAUGAACAAAAUUGAAGCUGGGAAAGAGGCUGUGUAAAACUGAUGUAUUUUCCGCAAAAUUUGUACGUUAUGGUCAGCGUUGUUGUUGUAUAGAGGCAGCUGACGUGUGUAAUGAAAACCCUCUCAGCAUCGAAUGCAGUGAAGUUGUACGAAGCUAAAGGAGUAAAUUUUGGAGUAUCUUAAGUCAAGUUGCCAAUUCAAUGUUGUAUAUUAUUGGAACUCACCAUAUGAAUAUAUUGUCAGUAACCGAUUACAUUCGUAUAGCUUAGAAAACGCUCUUGAAGUCUCGUUACCAAAGGUGUGAUUUGAUUACUCGACAAAUUUUCGGACUAAUGAAAUCAAAGAACAAAUGUGACCUUCGAAGUGGUGCUUAAUCUUU